AUGUUGCUAUGUGCCGUGCACUCCCACCUCACCAUGUUGCUAUGUGCCGUGCACUCCCACCUCACCAUAUUGCUAUGUGCCGUGCACUCCCACCUCACCAUGUUGCUAUGUGCCGUGCACUCCCACCUCACCAUGUUGCUAUGUGCCGUGCACUCCCACCUCACCAUGUUGCUAUGUGCCGUGCACUCCCACCUCACCAUGUUGCUAUGUGCCGUGCACUCCCACCGCACCAUGUUGCUAUGUGCCGUGCACUCCCACCUCACCAUGUUGCUAUGUGCCGUGCACUCCCACCUCACCAUGUUGCUAUGUGCCGUGCACUCCCACCUCACCAUGUUGCUAUGUGCCGUGCACUCCCACCUCACCAUGUUGCUAUGUGCCGUGCACUCCCACCUCACCAUGUUGCUAUGUGCCGUGCACUCCCACCUCACCAUGUUGCUAUGGGCCCCUCCACCUCACCAUGUUGCUAUGUGCCGUGCACUCCCACCUCACCAUGUCGCUAUGUGCCGUGCACUCCCACCGCACCAUGUUGCUAUGUGCCGUGCACUCCCACCUCACCAUGUUGCUAUGUGCCGUGCACUCCCACCUCACCAUGUUGCUAUGUGCCGUGCACUCCCACCUCACCAUGUUGCUAUGUGCCGUGCACUCCCACCUCACCAUGUUGCUAUGUGCCGUGCACUCCCACCUCACCAUGUUGCUAUGCCCACCGCACCGCACCAUGCUGUCUCCCGUCCCUCCCUCCCACCAAUCUGCACUCUCACACUUCCCUCUUCUGCUCGUCUCGCCCCCCUGCCUCCGUCCUGCAGUGCUGUGCUGCCACUGCUCACAACAGCGUCACUUGAUGCUCGCAAGCAGUGCGCCCUCGCAGCAUCUGCCGUCCUGCACACAGAGGUCAGUCGCACACAGAGUCUUGCCCUCCUCGCACCCCACUUGUCUCUACUCUUGCUACAACCAUCCCACUGCCUCCGCAUCCCAACCCACCUGCAAACCCCCACACCCCCCUUCUUCUCUCUCCUCUCCCCCACUCGCCUCUACCUGCCGCGCGCCCAUCAGGCCAUCCACGCCAUAGCGCCAUCGCGCGCCAUCCUGCGCCCGGCCCUCAUCACAGUGGUGCAGCCGCCCCUGGCAGCGCUGCUGCGCAAGUGGCGCUCGGCCUUUGCCUUCAUCCCGCACCUCACAGACUUCGAGGGUCACAACCCCUUGUUGAGGGAUGAUGACCGCGCGCUUGCCACUGAUGCUGCACCCCAUGAGGCAUCACUGGCGCUGCUGCAAGUGAUCUGGGUGGCAGCCUUGGCGUCCCCCCCUGCCUCCGCGGCCCUGGCAGCCAUGGCUGCUGCUGCUGGCCCCGGCUCUGUUCCCCCCCGCACCACCCUCACCUCCUCCUCCUCCGCCUCCUCCCUCUCCGCCCUCUCCUCCGCUCCUGUCACGCGCACGUCUACCUACCCUAGCGCCACCCCACCCACAGGCAGCACCAUCCUUGCUGCCUCUGCCAGUCACGCACCUGGGACUGCCAGUAGCACUUCUGCUUCUGUCACCCGCACUAGCAGUCAUCACCUGCCGCCCGGCCAGCCUGGCGCCAGCUCAGCAGUCAGCCGGCGCAUGUCUCAACGCAGCGGCAUGACUAAAACGGGGGGAGGGAGGCAGGAGGGGGAGCGGGAGGGGGCAACAUCGUCCCAGCGGCGCAUGAACGGCGACAAGGACCGUGCGCAGAGGUGGAGCCUGGGGGAGGCCGUGGAGAAGGCGUGGGACUGCAGUCGGGGCAUCCCUGUCUCUGCUGCCACUCGCACCAGUGCCGGUGCUGCUGCUGCUGCUGGUGUUGGAGGGGUGGAAGGGAGGGAGGGAGGGGCAGCAGCGGCGGGGGCAGAGGAAGGGGGGAAUGGCACGGCGCUGGGUCCCACGCUGGGCGGGCUGCAGCAGCACCUCGAUGGCAUGCGCGGCCUCAUUCGCGCUCAGGUGCUCAUCCCUACCCUCAGGUGCGAGUCCCUACCCUCAGGACAAGGGGAGAGAGAAGGCUCAGGUGGAGAGAUGAUGAAUGCGGGUGCUGUAUUCGCCGUUUCCUCCGUGCACCUCUUCCCUUCACCUCUCCCUUGUGCACUGAGGCUGCGGAGGGUGAAGAUCGAGACGCAGAUGGCGCGCGCGCACACAGCUGGCAUGCGCAUGUGGCGCUCCCUCAUUCGCCAGCUCCUCGAGUCAGGGCUGCUCGUGGGCCUCCCUGGCAGUUACCACGAGUUGAAGCAGCGCCGGGUGUUUUGGAAGCUGGACCGCGUGGAGAGCAGCGCGCGCAUGAGGCGCCGCAUGGUGCGCAACUACCGCGGCUCCGACUGCCACGGCCUCGCUGCUGACUUCCGCCCCCCCACUCACGACCCCCCGCCCGCUGCCAAGCGCGCACGCUCCCAGGGGGACACGGAUGGGGUGGAGAGGGGGGGGGUGGCAGGGGCGGUGGGCCUGCAGGAGGGGGGGGAUGUGGGGAAGACACGAGAGGAGGAUGGGGAGGGAGAGGGGGCUGCAGUGGGAGGAGGGGCGGGUAGUGAGGGUGUGGGUGUGGAUGGGGAGGGGAAGGAUGAGGCGAAGGAAGGGGUGGCGGAGGGGAGUGGCGUAGGGGAUGUGGAGGGGGUGGGAGGGGCCAUAGUGGAAGACGCAUCGGGGCUGCUGGGCGGCUGCCUGCCAGCCCCUGUGAAAGACUUCGAUGCUCCCGUGCUGAUGAGCGCGGAUGAGGAGGGACCGCAAGGGGAGGUCGAGACAGACAGACGGGAGGGGGAGGGUGGAGAAGGUGAGGAGACGGAGGGGGCACGAGGUGCAGCAGAGGGGGAUGGUGAAGGCCGGACAGUAGCAGAGGGAGGUGAAGUGGGGGGUGCUGCUGUGGAGCAUGCGGUGCUGGAAGGUGGUGUGAAGCACAUGCCAGGUGCCGAUGAUACUCUGGGGGCGAACGAUGCUGAGUCACGACCAACGGCAUCUGCUGCUGAGCCACGACCAACGGCAUCUGAUGCUGAGUCAGACGCAAAGGGUGCGUCGGCAGUGGCAGCAGUGGCGUUGGCAGCAGGCGAGCAGCCGGGGCUGUCAGCAGUGGUGGGCAGCAGCGAGGUGGCGGCAGAGGUGGCGGUGGGGGAGAGGGAGCGAGUGGUGGUGGAGGUGCCGGCCAUGAUGGUGCUGCCCCUUCAAGUCCUCAACGGCCGCCUCCUCGUCACUGCCUCUCGCUUGCUCUUCCUGGUUGACCCCUCCGUGCAUUUCAAGGAGAGCGCGCCGGGCGACCAGGGGACGGACGGGGGUGGAGGGGGAAGGGCGGAGGGCGAGGAGGGUGGGGGGGGGAAGAAGGCGCGGGAUAGAGUGUGGCGGCUGACAUCCGUGAGGGAGGUGCUCAGCAGGCGCUACCUGCUGCGGCGCUCGGCCCUGGAGGUGUUCAUGAUCGACCGCUCCAACUUCUUCUUCAACUUUGAGGGCCCGGAGGAGCGGCUACGCGUGCACCGAGCCAUCCAGCAUGCCAACCCACCGCACCUGCAGCAUCACUUCUCCCCCACUCUGCGCCCGGAGAAGAUGCUUGAGAGGCUACCGCUCACUGAGAGAUGGCUCCGCAGGGAGAUCACCAACUUCGACUACCUCAUGCAGCUCAACACCCUGGCGGGCCGCACCUUCAACGAUGUCACCCAGUACCCCGUCUUCCCCUGGGUAAUUCAGGACUAUACCUCAAAGGAGCUCGACCUCACCAACCCAGCCACCUUCAGAGACCUCUCCAAGCCGGUGGGGGCACUGGAUGCGGGGCGGUUGGAGAAGUUUGUGGAGCGGUACCACAGCUUUGCGGACCCCAUCAUCCCCAAGUUCCACUACGGCUCGCACUACUCCAGCGCCGGCAUUGUGGCGCACUAUCUGCUGCGAGUGGAGCCCUAUACGUCUCUCGCCCUGGCCCUGCAGGGCGGGCAGUUUGACCACCCCGACCGCCUGUUCCUGGACGUGGCUGCCACGUGGCGGGGAGUCACCUCCGACAUGAGCGAUGUCAAGGAGCUGAUCCCGGAGUGGUUCUGUCUACCGGAGAUGUUCACCAACAUCAACGGGCUGCACCUCGGCUCCACGCAGAAGGGCGAGGUCAUCGGGGACGUGAAGCUGCCGCCAUGGGCGAGCAGUGCGGCGGAUUUUGUGCGCAAGCAGCGGGCGGCACUGGAGAGCGAGUAUGUCAGCAGCAACCUGCACAAUUGGAUCGACCUCAUCUUCGGGUACAAGCAGAAGGGCAAGGAGGCCCUGGCGGCGCACAACGUGUUCUUCUACGUCACGUACGAGGGCGCUGUUGACAUCGACUCCAUCACCAACCCUAUCGUGAGGAGGGGCAUGCAGGAUCAGAUUUCCUACUUCGGCCAGACGCCGUCACAGCUGCUGACGACAGCGCACCCACCGCGCAUCGCACUGGACUACGCGCUGCACCUGCACACGGUGUUCCGCAAGCCCGAUGAGAUCCUGCCCUACGUGCUGCCACACCCCGACACCCUCAAUGUCCCCGCCAGCCGCAUCGUCGCCACCUCAGAUGCCAUCGUCACCGUUGAUCUCAAUGCUCCUGCUUGCCACGUGGCGGUGCACCAGUGGCAGCCCAACACCCCGGACGGCCACGGCUGGCCGUUUUUGUUCCAGCCCGGGCGGUCUUCGCUGACAGGUAGUGCCAUUCUGCGGAUGCUGACGGGGGCAGCGCUGGGCGGCAAGGGCAGCAACAGCGAGACAUCCCUCUAUCCGCGCCUCGUGGCCCUCCCUGCUCCGGGGAUAAAGCACACGUCAACAGCAGCAGGCGCGGUGGGGGGGGGAGGGGAAGGAGGGUGCGGUGGGGGAAAGGAAAUGAUAGCCAUCUCCCCGGACGGCAAGUUUCUGUUCACAGGCGGGCACGCGGAUUUCUCUGUGAAGCUGGUGUCAGUGGACUCGACUCGCGUGCUGGAGACGGCUGCUGUGCAUGGCGGCCCCGUGACGUGCGUGGCUCUCUCCCCUGAUGGCGCCACUCUCGCCACCGGCGCCACGGACGGGGUGGUGCUGCUGUGGCAAGUCAACCACGCCACCGCGCCCUUCCCUUCCUCCCCUGCCGCCGGGGUCACGGCUGGCCUCGUGGCUGCUGGGGCGGGGGCGGGGGGGCGUGUGGCAAGGCGCAGCACUGCAGCACCCACGGGCCCGCACGACCCUGCUCUGGCUGCUGCCGCUGCAGCGGUGUCGGCUAGCGAGGAACGAGCAGGCAGCAUGGCAGUGGGAGGAGCGGAUUACCCCGAGCGGGGAGGCGGGGGUGGCAUGUCGGAGGCGGCACUGCUGCUGAGCGCAGGCGGGGGCAUGGGCGGGGCGGGGGGGCUGCAGGCGCCGAGGAAGUGGCGGCGCAUGGAAGGCCCCGUGCAGGUGCUGCGCGGCCACUUGGACACCAUCCUGUGCUGCGCCGUGUCCUCGGACCUCGACCUCGUUGCCUCCUCCUCGCGCUCCCGCGGUGUGCUCCUCCAUUCCCUCAUGAAGGGCCGCUUCCUGCGCCACCUGCCGGGGGUGGGGCCGGCGGACCUGCUGGCCAUCUCCCCUGAAGGGGUGGUGGUGGUGUGGGAGCGGCGGCAGCGCGCGCUGCGGGCGUUCACGAUCAACGGAGCGGCGGUGGCGGGGGUGAGCAUCUCGGAGGAGGAUGGCGAUGUGAGCAGCGUGCAGGUGUCGAGCAACGGGCUGUUUGUGGCUGUGGGCACGGACUGCAGCCGCUGGCGGCAUGUGCGGGAGAAGGAACGGCAGAAGGAGAGGGAGCGCGCUGCUGUGAUUGCCGGGGAGAAGGUGGGGCUGGGGAAGGCUGGGAGCUUCACAGAGGCUGAGGGGCGGGGGACGGAUGGUGGCGGUGAGAAGGGCGAGGGAGGAGGGGCGUUGGAAGGGGAGAACGGGGGGACGGGCCGUGGGCAGCGGGAUGAGGGGGAAAGAGGAGGGGAGGAAGGCGAGGGGGGGAAUUCAGGCAAGGAGAGGAGGGAGGGAGAGGGCGAGAGGAGGGAGGGCAGGGAGGUUGAGGGAGAGGGUGGAGGGGCGGCAGCAGGGGGGGGUGGUGCACUGCCGGACUGGAGGAACACGGACGAAGGGGGGUCACGGAAGGAGCGCGGAUCAGCGGUGUCACUUCUUGACCUCUUCUCCCUCAAGGCGCUGUGUCGCUUCAAGCUGCCGGAGGGCACAGACGUGACAGCGCUGGCACUGUCAGCGGACAACACCAACCUGCUCUGCUCCACCUCCGCUCACCUCGCCCCCGGCCAGCUCAUCCUCUACAGCAACCCCCUGCUGAGUGUGAAGAUGGUGGAUCACAUGCUACGCCUGGGCUGGGAGGGCAGCGACUUCGCCAGCAUCUUCUGA